AUGGAAGAACUCAACGAGUGCCACGUCACCCCAACUCCCCCAUUUCAUACUUCAACAACACUCCUAAACUCACAAAAAGAUAAACUCCACAGAAAAAGAGUUCAAAGAAAAAAUUUAGAACCGAAAAUGCUGAGAAUCCUGACGAAAACUGCCUCAUCCAUGGCGAAAAUCGGCCGAUCUACCCCUGACGCCCGGCGAGACGACGUCGAUCUGUCCGCGUGGGAGCUCGUCAGCCCGUCUCACUCCGACGACGAGGACCUCUACUCCUUCGACGGCGAUGACAUCACCAGCGGCGGAGAUGACGGAGACGCUCGCUCGACAAGCCUGGGUGCUUGUACGGGAAACACGGGUUCGGCGUGCAGCACUCAUUCGUCUAGCAGUGGCAAAAUGUGUAAAAAAUUAAUGGUCGGGAUGAAAUGGAGGUUCUCAGAGAGGCCCGGCUCCUCUUCAAGCUUGCAAAUUGUUUUAGUGGCAGAAUUUCAGGGUGCUGAC